UGCCGAUAAUAUCGAAAAUACGUACACUUUAAUAAUGUUAAUUGUGGUACUUCACUUCGUUAUAGUAUUUUGCCUAAGCGGGUUCUGUUUAAUAUUAGAAAUUGAUGAAGUCAUUACGGCAAAAAUUUACUUUUCGAUUACUAUGCUUAUAACUUUAUUAAUAAAUGCUUUUUUGUACUGUGGUGCAGGAGAACUUCUAGCGGAACAAUGUAAUGCAGUAUAUCGUGCAAUGUGCAAUCUUGAAUGGUACAAAUUGGAAUCAAGAAAAGCGAGAAAUCUUAUUUUAUUAAUGAUUCAAGCACGCUAUCCUAUUUGUAUUACUGCAGGAAAGAUUAUUCCAUUAACAAUGUCUACUUUUUCCAGCGUAUUAAAAACAUCAUGUGGAUAUAUAACAUUUUUAUUGGCGAAACAUGGUUAAAGAUUAAGACGAUAUAUUAAUAUUUACGUAUCGUAGAAAAAUAAAUGCAUUUACAUAUCACAAAGAAAUAAGUGUAUAGUCAACUAAAUAAUUACAAGUUAGCAGUAUAUUAUAUUAACAAUUACUACAAUAGAAAUUUUUUUUUGCUUAUUACUACAUUUGCAAUUUAUUAUUAACUAUAUUAUGAAUUUUGUAAUGUGACGAUAUUUUUAUUGCGCCUAAUAGAAAUAGUUUGAUAAAAUUUUUGUGUUUGUGUUUACGCGUCAAGCAGAAGGCAAAUGGGGCUGAUUAAACGGACCAAUUUUGUGACAACUUCUCGUACGUAUUGCUUUUACAAAUUUGGAAAAUUUAUUUCUGAAUUAAAGUAUAUGCAUUAAUACAUGUUAUUUAAUUAGGACCUAUUUGAUAUUAGAUAAAUAUGAUGUCCAAAGCUGUCAAAUUAUGAUAAUUUUACUGCUAAUGUAAAGUUUGUAUUAAAUGUAUUACAGACUUUCAGUACUGCAUUUUAUUAAAAAACUUGUAUACGUACAUAUGUUUGCACAUAUUGCACAAUAUUUAUCUUUCUUCUAAUUAAUACAUAAUUUUAAAACAAAA